CUGCUGGGCUGCCGCGAUCUGGUGGCAUCCCUCGGCCCCUGCUGGGUGGCCGGCCUGCGCGCCACGGGGGCAAGCGCCCUCUCCAUCGACGUGCGGGCACGGACCAGCGGCGGCGGCGACGGCGGCGGGUCUUGCGCUGGCGGUGCUGGCGGGGAGCAGCUCCGCACCGCGGACCAGGGCUGUUCUGCCAACACACUAGGCGCGGAUGCGAGGACCCCGGCCGCAGGCGCCGACGCCGCCUCCGGGGGGCCGCCGCCCGGCAGGCAUGAGCCCCAGACCAAGCACCCGCUGCCGGCGCCGGCGGCGGCAGCGGCAGGCGGCCCGGCAGCCGCAGGGGGCACGGAGGCGCCGUGCGCGGAGGCGCAGGAGGGCGGUGAAACGCGGGUCUGCAGCGACGCGGCCACAGGGGAGGCAGGCCCAGGGGGCAGCGCAGGUGCAGGCCACGCAGACGAUGCCGAAGGCGACCCCACUGGCCGCGAGCACGAGCGCGUCACACACAAUCCCACGCCGCCGGCCGCCGCCGCGGCCAACGGCGCGCCGCCCCCGCCGGCGGUGGACGGGGCGCCGCCGCCCGCGCCGCGGCAGGGGCCGCAAGCCAGCCCUGGCGGCAAGGACUCCCUCGUGGAGGCGGGGGCAAUGGGGUCCGAGGCGGCCGCCGGGGCCGGCCGCGCGGACGCGGGCCGCAACGCUACGCACUUUUUCGAGCCG